ACCGCUCCCCGCACGCCGCCGCGUCGCAAAGCUCACCGCGCCGCCUGCGUCUGCACGGAAGCCAUGGGGGAACCGAGCAAGGAGCUCCUGGACCUCCCAUCGGGGCCUGAACCACCCUCCUUCAUCGAGUCGCUGCUCGCCGGAAGAGAGCAGCACAAGGAGGAGGGCAAGCGCAAGGCGGGGCCUCCCACCGAUCCGCUCCCCAAGAGCCAAGUUCUCGGAAAAGUGAAGGAUUUCCUGGGAGAGAUGGCGAAAGCAAACGAGAAAUUGCAGCUCGAUGCGCAGAAUAAACCUCCGGAGGAGUAUGACAUAGAAACCCUUACUGGAAACGAAAAGGAAUAUAUUGAGAUGGAUUUGCUUCUCGGUGUUGCUGAUCUUCAUUCGGAGCAAGCUGUAGAUGCAGCUGAAGCGACAAUGAGCGGCUUCCCACCCUCAGGAAGGACAUUUGCUAGCACCUCAUCUGACUCGGAAGAUGAUAGCGAUGAAGACAGUGAUGAUGAGCCUGACAUGUCUAGCAAAGAUAAAUGCGACGAUCCAGACAAACCUGAGGCUCAUCCAGUCAAAGGGAAGAAGCCGAGUAAAAGACAGAAGAUUGUUGUUCUCAACUAGGAUCCUUGUCAUCCUUCACAGACAAGGGCAGGAGCUGUGCUACUUCGCGAAGAAAGCUCGGCAGAAUGUAGUACCCCAAGACCUGAUGCUAAUCAAGAGCUUAUAAUAUACAGAUAUCAGGAUUGCCUAAUUGUUGUGUUGUGUAAUGCUCAGGAUCGCCUAAUUUUUGUCUUGUGUAAUGCUCAGGAUCACCUAAUUUUUGUGACAUGUAAUGCUUAGCGGAUAAAUGUUACCAUGCCCCCGA